CGGUGGUUCACCGUUUUAUUACAAUCGCAUUGCGCGAGUUUACUCUCUAAAUAAGCUCUGUCUUUAUAAAGAGCUUGGAGUCUUGCCACAACGCGCAACCAACGCGGGCUUUCCGGACCUGGUUUCAUCAAUUUAUACACGACCCACUCGACAGACAACCUUCGAACGGCGCAACCACAGCUCAACUUUACAACCACAAUCUUGUCGCAUUCACUACAAACUCUGGCUCUACCUUUGCCUCCAUCAUCUCACCUCUAAUGAAUUGCUCUCCGCCAUAGCUUUCUCUCGCUGAAGUGAGGGGGGGCUUGGCCGGAGAUCAUACUCGUACCCAUCCAAGUUGCGCCUAGAAGCUAGGGACCAAGCAAGAUGCCUUCCAAUCUUCACCCCCAGGCGAUGUUCGAUCCCAUACCGCCGGAUCUCGACCUCAGCGCCCUCGUUGAGAAGACGCCCAACUUCGACUAUGUGAUUCGUAUCUCCACCGACCAGAUCAGGGAACUGGGCCUACAAGAAUUCGAAAAGCUGGUCCUGUUGCAUGUUAUCCAGGGCGGCAAACCUCUGGUCGUGGAAGGUUGGGAGAGUGAUCUCCCGCCGUGGCUGUACAGCGCGACCUGGAUGCAAGAUAACCUGGGCAAGAAGCAGGAGCAAGUUCGAGACAUUGCUAAUCAUACCAACGUCCCCAUGACAAUCGGCCAUUACCUCAAUUCUCUAGAGAAACUGACGAGGCAAUGGACACCUACGAAUUUCCGUGAUGCCAAGCGUCAGCGCCUCUAUCUCAAGGAUAUCGAUUGCCCCGAAGCAUGGGAUCACCAAUUACGCGAAUACAUUCCCCAGACACUCUUAUACCUCAACAACUGCGUUGGAGAGAAAGGCGGCCCAGGAUCCGUGCACGAGAGGGACAAAUACAACCACCUCGUUAUGGGGCAAGGAAUUGCUCCAGCCGGCGACCUGAUGAGCAAUCUACCACCGGAGAUGCGCGCGGAGAACAUGAUGUGCUAUAUCGGCCACGAAGGGACCUACACCCCCGCCCACCGAGAGAUGUGCGCAACGGUUGGGCAGAAUAUCAUGGUCGAGACGUCUGAUGUGGGCAAGGGCGAGAAGCCGGGGAGUUCUAUCUGGUUCAUGACCGAGACGAAGGAUAGGGAGGUUGUUAGCGAGUACUUCUUGUCUAUGCUCGGUCACGAUAUCGAGGUUGAGAACCACUUUGCCCAGAUUGUUGCCUGGAAAAAGGCGCCUUUCCCAGUCUACAUAGUUGAGCAGAAGGUGGGAGAUUUCAUUCUCAUCCCGCCGCUUGCGCCGCAUCAGGUCUGGAAUAGGGGCACGCGGACGAUGAAGGUGGCAUGGAACCGCACGACGGUGGAGACGCUUGAGAUGGCGCUCUCCGAAGCCUUGCCACGCGCGCGCAUGGUCUGCAGGGACGAACAAUAUAAGUGUAAAGCUAUUGUAUACUAUUCGCUGUUGAGAUACUACACCGAUCUGCAGAAGACAGAAAAGGAAGAGGAGUCUGGUUUUGGUGCUUAUCAGUCAGAGCCGGUCAGGUUUGCUCCGAGGGUGAGACAGCUACAGCGAGACUUCAAACGCCUUUUCGGGCUCUACAAGACGAUUUUAGUGAGCGAGAUGUUUUCGCCUGAUAUGCCGAAGGAGAAGAACGUCGAGUUUAUUCAGUUCGAUAGCAACGUCACUUGCUCUUACUGCCGGUGCAACAUUUUCAAUCGGUUCUUGACAUGCAAGACUUGUGUUGGAGAGCUAGAGAAUGGCGAUGAGGAUACGUAUGAUAUAUGUAUGGAUUGUUACGCUAUGGGUCGAUCUUGCGCCUGUUUGUCAAAUCUACAGUGGGUUGAGCAAUGGCGCUGGCCCGAGUUAACUAAGCGCUACGACGUAUGGCGUGCAAUGGUCUUGUACAUUGAUGGAUACGUUGAUAACACCUCACCUCAAACGUUGGAGAUAGAAAGGCAGCACUCUGGCAAGAAGCCAAUUGCUCAGAUAUGUCAAGAACAACUCAAAAAGAGGCCGUGGCGCGACAUAACGAAGCCACAUGUCCUCGACCCGCUUCCUGGCGACUCCGACGUCGAACCAGAAGCCGAUGAUGAAGGCCGACCAAAGAAGAGGAAAGGCAAGCGGCAAUCCCUCGCUGAGAAGAAGCACCGGUCAACUUGCCAUAUCUGCAGAAAAAUGGAGGCGGACUGGAAACUUGCUUUCUGCACUACGUGUCCACUUUCGUACUGUUAUGGUACUCUUUGGCGGGCCUUUGACAUCAAGCCAGAGAAGAUCAUGGAGACGUUGGACUGGCAAUGCCCGAAAUGCCGGUUGAUCUGUUCUUGCGGCGCGUGCCGUAGAGUGAACUCGUCCAAGCAGAUUCCCUACCAGCCGAAAGGCACAUUACUUGGCCACGACACACGCAUGGUCGCUGAUCCACGCAGUGUAGAAAGCUUGGUCGAUUUCAGCCGCACGAACCUCGCUUGGUUGAAGGGGGAGGAGGAUACAGCGCCGAAGGAUUCCGUAAGGAUGAAGAAGUUGAUGGAGAAGGCGCAGGCUGAGAAGUCCCGUGAUGAGACGCUGGAGGAAGACUCUGAGAUGGGUCAGCGUAUGGGGAGUCAGCACAUGGACAUGCAGCCUGUGGGCGAUGCGAUCGACCCCGCGCUGUUAUCUGGUGGAGAUGGAGGGGCGCCUACUGCACCCAUGUUUGGAGGAACAGGCGUUUCCAAGCUACCCCCAACCAUAGACGUAGAUGCGAACCCCGCAUUCGCAUCCCCGGCCGACGUAAUGAAAAAUCCCGACUCCGUCUACCCAGACCCCCAAGGCAUCCCCCGCGAGCGCAUGAUGGGAAUAGGGUACUACCAGCAGCGCAACGACGCCGACAAGAUCCUCUUCGACGCCCCCGACGCCGCCGCCGAAGACGAACACCAGGACGCCGCGUACCCGCGCCUACAAUCAGACUCUGAAGAUGGGCUUCUGGUGCGUCCGAACAAGAAGCAUCAGCGUGAGAGCCUGAAGGGUCCAGUAGAUGAGGCGUAUUUACAGUUCCAAGCCGCGCAGAAGAAGCAGAAAUUGACCGAUGCGAAGAGGGAGGGGAAGUUUUUUAUGACGAAGAAUAAACUUGAAGGCGGGAAACCGUGUAAAGUCAAGCUGUUGCUGCCGAAUCAUAAGGAGUUCUUGGGGAGGCUGCAGGCGUUUGGUGAGGAGGAGGCGCCCAGACAUAAUCCGAGACCGGGGAGGGGAAGUUUGGGGAGGAAGGAGCAGGUGGGGGUUGAUUCUAUGGUCGUCACUUCUGAUGUUCGCGAGAAUGCGGUAUACCUUCAGGAUGAUGAGGAUGAGGAAGAGGAGCCGGAGAUCAACACUAUUGUUCCAGUAAGGCGUUACCCUCGUGGUUCGGUAUCUGCACCGCAGGAGAAGGAGCGUGCCCCUCGUGGAUCGAUAUCUGCUCCUCCGGCGAAGGAAGGUACCAUCGUAGUUGAGCCGCGGAAAUCACAAGGACGGCCUCCCAGAUCCCAAGUUUCAGCAACUAUGGCACCCGAACUAUCUCUCGCCAACAACGUAGAUACGCCCAAGCGCGGACCGGGUCGACCACCGCGCAGAUCCGACGUUCCUGAACCUGCGCGCGAGUCUAUCCUCAGCAACAGUCCAGAAAUACAGAGGCGUGGACCGGGUCGACCACCGAAAUCCCGGAUUUCGGAACCUCCAGCGCUUGAACCCCACCUCAUCAGCGGCCCGGAAAACCGGAGGUUCAUAGGAGGUCGCCCGCGUAGGUCUGAAGUUUCUGAAUCUGCGCCCGAGCCCACCAUCAGCAGCCCAGAGAUUCAGAAACGCGGACCUGGGCGACCGCGUCGAUCGGGGGUUGCUGUUUCUACAACGCCCGCGCCUGAGAACGGCGUCGGUACAACAACAGCAGCACCACCACCACUUGGCACACGAAUGCGGAGAUCUGGGAUGUUUCAGAAACCUGCAGCCCCAGAUGCUCCAGCUGCCGAACCAGCCAUCGCUCAGAAGAGAGACCCGGGACGACCACCGCGCAAAUCUACGAGUUUAGGAGUGGAUGAGGGAUUACAAGCUAAUAAACGCCCGCGCUCUCCAGAAGCACAAAAUGCUGAGGCGGAUACGAGACUCGAGAAAAAGAGGAGGGGGUCUAGUCUAUUCGUUUCCGAUGACAGCGAUGAAGUCGAGGAACCCACCAACUCGUUUACAGCUGUGAACUCUGUUCCCAUCAAAACGGAGAAUCCACCACCCGCUGAGACGACGGCCGCGGAGACUAUCACUAUUUCUCCAUUGCGCGCCUCAUCCCGAGCGAACUCGAUACACAAGGACGCGGAUGCGAGGCCGAGGAGUAGGGAUAUGGAUGGUAGCACAUCCCUCUCUCCUCGUCCGGUGCCGGGUGUGAGUACAGAUAGUCCUAUCCGGUUCGACGAUAAUGAUGAUGGUGAGAUUGUGUACAACGACGAUAACGAUGAUGGGGGAUUCUUCUCCUCGCACUCCUCGCACUCCUCGCACUACCAAUCCGCCACCCCCUCCGUCGCCGACAGAGCGGAAUCGCAACAACCCCCGCCCUCGGGAGCAGCGUCGAGCGCGGGGAGUGUCAUCUCAACCGGCUACAGGGAUGCGAAGAUGGAAGCGAUGCGUCUAGCCGAGGAGGAAAUGAAAGAAGAGAUGGAGAGGGCGAGGGUUAAGCGUGGGGGACCCCCGAAACCGGCUGUAGCGGGUGGGAGUGCGGGGUUUAAGGCUAUGUUUCUUGAUGAGGAGGAAGAGCAGGAGUCUGUCUCACCGUCUCCACCUCCCCCAGUUAAAGCUGCACCAGCUACAGUUCCCGCAACAAAACUUGCGGAGACUCGCGCGGUGAGUGUGAAACCAGCCGCCACGGCACCGCCGAGGGGUGGAGGAGGGAUGCAAAUCCGCCUCCCCCGCUUCUCACCUCAGCAGACGAGUGGGGUAGGGGAGAAAAGGGGAAUUGAGAAGGUGGGAAGCCCGACGUCGGAGGAGUCAUCGGAUGAUGGGGGGGAUGCAGAUGAAGAGAUUCCGGCGCGGAGGGUUGUCCCUGUUGCUGGGAGGGGCGGGACGGUGGGGUUGGGGUUGGGGUUUGCGAGACGGGGAAGGGGGGGGGGACGGGGGAGAGGAAGGGGAGUGGGGAGGGGUGGUUAA